UGGUUGAGAAAAAUGUGGUCACCGUUAUUGGUGAUGUUCAAGAGGACACUUUUCAGUGCAAAGAUGGUUCCUGUGUUGCAAAAGUUUUGAAGUGUAACUGGAGCUCAGUGACUAGAAGUGCUGAAAUAUGCCUCUCCUUCAUGAAGAUGUCAUUUGUCCGAGUGAACCGUUACAGCUCCCGGGGAGGAGGAAGGAAAGCACUGAAAGUAAAGAAGAAAACGGCAGUGAAGCAAGAAUGGGAUAAUACUGUGAAUGAUCUAACAGUUCAUCGGGCAACUCCUGAAGAUCUGAUACGCCGACAUGAAAUACACAAAUCGAAGAAUAGAGCACUAGUACACUGGGAACUCCAAGAAAAAGCUUUGAAGAGAAAAUGGAAGAAGCAGAAACCGGAAAUUUCUAAUCUUGAGAAAAGGAGAUUGUCUAUCAUGAAGGAGAUUCUUUCUGAUCAAUACCAGAUGCAGGAUGCAUUGGAAAAAUCUGAUCAUUUGAUGGCUGCAACCAAAGAUCUGUUUGUUGAUUUUCCUCGUAGGCGCACAGGGUUUCCGAAUGUAACAGUGGCGCCUGAUUCCUCUCAAGGGCCCAUUGUGCUAAAUCAAGACCCCGUCACCCAGGCCAUCCUUGAUGACUCCGCUGUGGAGCCUCAGGCUCUUAACGAAAUAGAUGAAGAAGAAGAAACUGUUAACAGCCAGUCAGAGGAAAGUGAGAAUGAGUUGGAUAACUCUCUAAACUCUCAGUCUAACAUGAAUGCAGACAGGUUCCUUCACCAACUAAAGGAAGAUAAUUCUGAGAUAAUUAGUAAACUGUGGACUGAUAUUCAGCAGAAAAUAGCAACACAGUCACAAAUAACAAGCCCCCUAGGGACUCCAUCAUCCACCUCUCCAUCAGAGGAAAAAAAAGCUGCUCUGAAUGCGACCAAUGCUGUCAAGAGAGUCCACACCAGGCUUCAGCCUGAAGAAUCUUCUGAGUCUCUAGACUGCAGCUACGUUGUGGGACAAGUGCUGAACUCCAGGAAGCAAAAGCAGCUGUUAAAUAAAGUGAAAAGAAAACCGGAGUUGUGUGCCCCUUCCAAGCAGAAGGGAAACAUGCUGUCAUCUAGCACAGCCUCCACAGACUUAUCAGGUAGCACCAAUCCCAGCCUGGAUGUCCUCAAGCACAUGAUACAUGAAGUGGAACACGAAAUGGAAGACUAUGAGCGGUCGACGGGACGCGAAGUCAAGGAACCGCAGAGCAGCCAGGGUCUUACAGGCUUCACCCUGUCGCUGGUGAGCUCCCUCUGUCGCCUGGUUCGGUACCUUAAAGAGAGUGAGCUCCAACUGCGUAAAGAAGAAGAGACAAGGCAGAAAUUGGAGCAGGCAUUAGGUGAUCAUCGAGAGCUCAUUGAUGCUCUGACAGCUGAAAUUCUACUUCUUAGAGAAGAAAAUACUGCUACCCAGGCGAGACUUCAGCAGUAUAUGGUCACAACAGAUGAGCAGCUUAUAUCGAUCACACGUGCCAUUAAGAGCUGUCCAGUGAUAAAUAACAACCAAGCAAGUCUGGCAGCAGAAAGGGGAGCCACGAGUAGUAGAAUUAUGGACAAUCCAGAGGCUUCAGUUGUAAAUGCUAAUGUCUCCAUGCCAUUGAUGUUUCGAGGGGAAGAAGUGCGUGAAUUCCCACAGGAAGACUUGCCUGUUAAACUAUCUCAAGUGCCAAACCCUCCAGAUAGUGUGAAUCUGGCCAACAAUUUUCCAGCACACAUAUUUGAGCCAGCUGUGUUGUUAACACCACCCCGGCAGAAGAGCAACUCAGAAUUCUCUCCUCUGCAGGAUGUAUUGAGGAGGACCGUUCAAACUCGUCCUGCUCCACGAAUUCCUCCAACUGUGGAAAUAAUUGAGAAGGAACAAAAUUGGGAAAAGAAGUCCUCACCGCCCAGCACAGAUAUUCAGAAUUCAAGUGACGAGAGUCAUCUCUUCACCCAGAGGUGGAGGGUCUCUCACAUGGGAGAAGAUUUGGAAAACAAAACCGAGGCUCCUUUUGUCAACCUCUCACAGCCCCUGAGCAAUUCCCUCUCAAACACUCAGCAACCCAGAAACCCUGCAUUCUCAGAAGAGCCCCCAGUACUGGGGGAUGGGCAACAGCUUAGAGCAGAUGAGGCAUUACUACAAAGAAAGAACAUCAUGGCACAAAUUGCUGAGUUGACACUGCAGAAUUCAGCUAUCAGGGCUCAUCUGAAUAAUAUUCUUUGGCCAGGGGGAGAGCAAGGGGAUGGACUUCGGGAGUUAAACAAACAGGAGACAAAUCAUACAAGCAACAUGAGUGCUACUUUUCCAGCAACACGACCUCUAACACCAAAUAGCAUGGAGGAGCGGAUUGCGGAACUGAACCGGCAGAGUAUGGAGGCUCGCGGAAAGCUCUUGCAGUUAAUAGAGCAGCAAAAACUUGUUGGUUUGAAUCCUUCCCCUCCACCGACAUCACCUAUUCAGUCACCUCUCAGAGCUUGGACUGAUUGGCCACAAAUUCCUGAUUUAAAAGAAGGAGGAAAGAGGACAAUUGAAAUAUCUGUUCCAGGAGCAGAAGCCCCAGAAACCUCGAAAUGCAGUACUGUCUCUCCUAUCAGUGGAAUAAAUUCAAGAAGAUCUUCAGGGGCUACUAGUAAUUCUUGUUCUCCAUUAAAUGCCACCUCAGGAAGUGGGCGAUUCACACCUGUUAAUCCAAGAGCAAAGAUUGAGAAACAAAAUGAAGAAGGCUGGUUUGCUCUUUCCACCCAUGUGUCAUAAGUGAGGUCAAAUUUGACCGUUUGUUUUCAGUGGUACAUUCUUGAGCUUCCAUUCCCCUUUCCCUGCUUUCAAGUUUUUGUCCUUCUUUCAGCUAAAACCUACAAAGAUCCUGUGACUUUGUACAAAUAGAACAAAGAAAUAAAGCAAUUAUUUUAUUUUUGACCUUUCAAAUAGAUUUCUAACAACUAACCAACCUGCAACCUCCUGCAAAUAAAAUGUUGACUAUAGGGAAAUUAAAGUUUCAUAUGCUAGUAAUUUCCUAAGUACUUUAAGGUUUUUCUUUCUACUUCUUUUUUAAUCCUCAUCUGAGGAUAUUCUUUCCAGUGAUUAUUUUUUUUUUUAAAGAGAAUGGAAGGGAGACAGUGGAGGGGGAGAGAGAAACAAAAUCGCCAGAGAGACAAAUGGUUUGGUUGCCUCCCGCUCAUGCUCUGACGGCGGGGUAGGGAUCAAACCUGCAACCAAGAUAUGUGCCCUUGGCCAGGAAUUGAGCUCUUGACCCUUUGGUCUGUGGGCUGAUGCUCUAACUUAAGGUUUUUCUUGAGUAAUAUAUUAUUACAUUUAUCGUAUUUAUUCAGGUUUUUUUUGGUGUAGUAUAUCUUAAAUGUUGAUCUAUUUAAUUUUUAUUUUUACUUUCUGAAGAACUUAGUUGCUUUGCAUAUAACUUACAAUAAAAUGCCUUUGUGUGAUUAAAGUCUGGCUUUCAGGAAAGUUUAACACCCCCUUUGGUUUUUUAUUUUGGGGAAGUCUCUGUAGUCUAUUGCUUUUCCUGCUAAGUGGAAUGUGCAGCUUUCAAAAGUAGACAUGGGAGUAUUUGUUUAUAUUUGCUUCAGCAGGUAAGAGUGACUCUAUGUAUUGUAAAAUUCCUAUGUAGUCUUUAAAUGUGAAAGUGCCAUCAAUAAUGCUAAUGUACAAAAAAUAAAUAAUGAUCAUAGAGCUCAAA